CCGAGAGGGGUGAAUCGGAUACAUCCACCACCUCUGGCCGCGGGUAUCUAAGGUCCCUUUUAACAUUCGAGGACGAUGUCUGCAAGUUUGAUACCGCACCCCUCUUGUCUCUCGCAGUCAACUCUCUCAGUCAACUCUCUCCGCGUACUCUGUCCGACUUAUACCAACAUACCCAAGGCACCUCCCCCACCGAAACUGAAUUCUCUGACCUCAGUCUCCUCGAUCACUAUGGAUUCCUCUGGCGCCCCGCUGUCUCCACGGAUGAGGCCACGUAUUACUAUGCUGGCAUAUCGCCUUCCCCUCCCAAGCUCGUCUUUCGUACGUCGAAGCAGCCGUGGGUCAAGCCCACCGGGCCCGAGGCAUAUCGCCACCUGAAGCAGCUGCGUCCCGUCUAUGGGCACCAGUUGAACGACCAAUGGGACACCAUAGGUCCCCAGGUUCUUGGUCUCCUGGACGAGCAGGGGGUCCGCUUCUCCUCAGUCGACAUUGUUCGUUUUCGCUCGGACACAGACGCAAAUGUCGUUGUCAGUCUCGUCGUCUUGUGGAUCGGCGUUCUUCCGGACAGUCUCGUCGGCGAGGACGCCUUUAACUCGGCAAACGGCCUCCUCGACCUCCUCAAGAGCCAUGGCAUUCAUGACGUCGAUGUCGAGUACCGUGAGUCCGUCUACCGACGCUCGACUGGCCCGGAGCUCUACGCACCGGCCUCGGACUUCAACCCAACCAAGAACGUCAUUGAUCCUCUCACUACUUCGCUUCCGCUUCCCAUUGCUAACGCGAAAACGUCUCACUUGCAAGGCACUCUCGGUUUCUACUUCGCCGAAGGCGGCGAGAGUGAGGACAUCUUAGCUGCUACCGCCCGCCACGUCCUCUUCCCGCGAGACGAGGACAAUAGCGAAUACACCUGCACCAACACCAGCAAGCCUCGUAAUGACGUCCUGCUCAUGGGUACCAAGGCGUGGGACGAUUACCUCCAAUCCGUCCAGAUUGAGAUUGGAAACCUCGGCAUUACGGUGGAGAUCCAUGAGAGACAUCUCGCGACGUUGAGGCCGAAGGCGGAGGGCAGUACCACUUCUGCCAAGAUGGCUAAGGAGGAGCUGAAGGAGACUGAAGAGCUACUGAGGAAGAUCAGAGAGGCGAUCAACAAACUUGAAGAGUUUUAUGACAUGACGAAGAAGGAGUGGGCCAAGCCAAGCCAGCAAAUCAUUGGACACAUUGUCCGCUCCCCUCCCAUCUCUGUCAAUACCCCUCCGCACGGUUUCACCAAGGACGUCGCCAUCAUCAAACUCGACAAGGAGAAAUUCAAGAACGUUGAAGGGCCUAUGAACGUCUUGGACUUGGGGCCGGAGAUUGACGGCGCCAAGUUCACGCGCACGAUCUACCCUCGCGUCGACACCCAACCAGAGUUCGAGUACCCAGGCGAUCGCCUCCUUCCGCUCAGGGAAAUCAUUCCGGAAAACUUUCUGCACCAUCCCGACAUGCUCGACAUUGACGGCGAACCUUGCCUCCUCGUCAUCAAGCGCGGCCUGACCACGAAAACCACCAUCGGCAGGGCUACCGGCAUCUUCUCCUACAUCAGGGAGUACUUCCCUAACGGAACCCACCACACGUCCAUGGAAUGGGCGAUCCUGCCCUAUGACGGUGACUCUGGGGCCUUUUCCAAGGACGGGGACUCUGGGUCGAUUAUCGUCGACCGUCUUGGACGCUUUGGUGGCCUCCUCACUGGGGUUGCUGGUAAGACGCCAUCGUCCGAUGUUACCUAUGCUACGCCCUUCUUCUGGCUCUGGUCGCUCAUCAAGGACAUGUACCCCAAUGCUCACCUCUCCCCGGUUAUCGAGUAGGUGCUGCAACGUCCACGAGAAUGACAAUGGGGACGCUGGCAAGGUGGCGAGAGUCGGAGUUGUCUCAUUUCGUGCAUCUGCGACUUCUUCUCUCAUCUCCAGGCUCCUUUUAUCUUUGUUUCUGUGACUUCUUCUCCUUCCUC